UGUUUUUGUGGACUUUACGUUACUUUUUUUAGUUGCCUAUUUAGACUAGGUUAGUAGGUUUUGAUUUUUCCUUAGUUAUAUAUAUAUUAGCUAGAGAUCAAUUUGAGAGGGACUUUGUUUUUGGAGAUAUCAUACAUAUUCCAGACGGCAACUUUGAAGCAAAAUUGUGGAAGCAAAUUUGGAGUUCUCAAUUCAAGUUUUAUUCCUUCAUCUUUCCUUUGCAAUUAAUUAUUUAUUUUGUUUGAUUUAUUUUUAUUAUGAGUUCUAGCUAAAUUUCUAUAUUCCGGCAUUGAUUAGGGAAGCACUAGCGAAAUUAUUCUGUGAGAUCUAAUUGUUCUUAUACUUUAUUUUAUGCUUGCAUCUGCGAUUCUCCAUGUUUAAUGAUAUUAAUUGUUUUAAUCCAUUAGAUAGUUGCAAAUAUUUAUUGGGUUAGAAUUAAUUAUAUAGCCAAUUGAACCAGCCAUCCGUAAUUGUGGUUUAGGUUUGAUUAAUGGUAAAUUGACACAUCAGGGUCAAAGGAAAAGCAGUCUUAAUUCAAUAAUCCUGCGUCAGAGUUUAUUGGUUUUGAAUCGGGUUUCUCUAAAUAUUAAUGCUGUUGGCUCAUUAAACCUAUAGAGCGUCUCUUACGGUUGUCAGUCAAUUAGGGUAGUAAUUAGUGAAGCGUCUUCCUGAUUAUCGAAUAAUUAAGGAGAAAUAAGAUCACGUCAGAAGCGUCUUCGGUGGUUAUAACUGAUUUGUUUGCAUGAUUUAAAGUUAUUUUUGCAUCCAUGAUCGGAAUAAUUAAGCUAGGGUGGACUUAAUUGAUUGCUGGAAUUCUUUUAUUAAUUGUUGGAAUUUUUAUUCAUCUUUUAGCUAUUGGAAAAAUUGGUUUAUUUGGGUUUUAUUUAUUUAAUUUUAAGUUUAGUAUUUUCUAUAUUUUCUUCUCAAAAUUUCGUGGGUUACUUGCAGGCUUUAAUUAGAGAAAUUCUCGCCAAUCCCUUGGGAGACGAUUUUGCUUACUGCUGUCUGCACAGUGUGGGCAUACCGGCUGACUGCCGGAUAUUUUUGGUGUAAAACGACGCACCAAAUUUUGGCGCCGUUGCCGGGGAUUGGUUUUAAGCAGGAUUUUACUGAUUUCAGUCUGUCUUUUAUUUUUAGUUAUUUUAUUUUUAGUUUAUGCCCCGUUCUUCUCGUACAGGCGUAUUAGUUUUUGAUCCAGAAAUCGAGAAGACCGCACGAAAGUUGAAGAAGCAAGCUAAGGAGUGGAAAAAGAGAUCCAAUUCUGCUCCACCGAGUCUUGAGGAUCAAGAAGAAAUUAAAGAUCCAAUGGGUGACCGUAAUAAUAGUGAUGAGGAGAACGAUAGAGAGAUCGUUGAUCCUCGACAGGAACCACCUCAACUGAUCAGAGAGUUAGGCCGUCAUAGAAGCAAUCGCCCUUUGUGCAUUGUCCUUCCUACCAUUAAUGGCAACGCUGAAAUACGGCCUGGUUUCAUUCAAGUGCUACCCAAAUUCGGUGAUUUACCUGGAGAGAGUGCACACAAGCAUCUGGCUGAAUUUGAUCUAGUUUGCUCAACUCUACGCCCUCAUGGUUUUACUGAAAAUAAUUUGAGGCUAUUGACUUUUUCUCAUACUUUGCAGGGUAGAGCGAGAGAUUGGCUUUUUGAUCUUCCUCCUGGUUCGAUUAGAACUUGGGGAGAUUUAGAAGAACAAUUCUUGCGAAAAUUCUUUCCUGAGUCCAGAGCUGCAAAUUUGAGAAUGGCCAUUAGCAGCAUUAAACAGAAGAAGGCGGAGAGUUUAGCCGAUUAUUGGGAGAGAUUCCAACAGCUGUGUCGCAAGUGUCCUGAUCAUGGAUUUUCUGACUACCAAUUGCUUACUAACUAUUUUUAUCGUGGUAUGUCUUCUUUUGAUAGGAAAAUUGUUGACGCUGCUUGUGGUGGAAGCUUGACAAAUAAAACUUUGGACGAAGCAAAGCAACUCAUCGUUGACAUGGUUUCAAAUGGUCAACAAUAUGAGGAUGUGGAUGAUGAUCGUUAUAGGCCAGUGCAGAAAGUAGAAGAUUCCAACAUGAACGAGAGAAUUGAUGCUCUCACCUCUUUAGUUAGAGGACUUGCUGUCUCUAAAACUCAACACGUUCAAUGUGGAAUUUGCUUUGAAAAUAAUCAUCAUACUGAUGCAUGUCCAUCUCUGCAGGAUAAUAAUACUGAGCAAGCGUGCAUGGGAUCCGCUGAUGAGCAAGAGAUGAACGCACAAAGGCAAAGGCGAAACGACCCUUUUUCCAACACCUACAAUCCAGGGUGGAGAAAUCACCCAAAUUUUAGGUGGAGACAGCAGGAACCAGGGAUGUACGCGCUGAAUCCGCCGCAGGCUGGACAGUAUGCCCAUACCGCACGUCCUGCACCGAGUUUUGCACCCAAUAUGAGCGAUAUCAUGAAGAGCCUCGCCCAGAGCAGUGAAAUUGUGAAGAAUUUGGUGCAAAGUCAGCAGGCAUUCCAGCAUGAAACUCAGGCAGCGUUGAGUAAUAUGGGCACACAGAUCACGCAGUUAGCCACUCAGGUGAACAAGCUGCAGGCGAAUCAAGGCCGACUUCCUUCUGUCACGGAGAUGAAUCCCAAGGAAAAUGCAAGUGCUGUAACUACAAGAAGUGGGAGAAUUCUAGCUGAGCCACAGCCUAAGCAGCAGGACAAAGAAAAGCCCGAUGAAGCCAAGGACGAUGCAAUUAGUGAAAAGUCACCAGAAUCCACCGAGCCUAUCUCUUCUAAGGUAAGUGGAAAACCUAAGGUUUCAAUUCCUCAAUCACUGAUUGCACCACCUUUUCCUUCUAGGUUGGCUCAGAACAAGAGAAUUGAAGAAGAGAAGGAUAUUCUGGAAAUCUUCAAGAAGGUAGAAAUAAACUUGCCCUUGCUUGAUGCAAUUAAGCAAGUUCCCAGGUACGCAAAGUUUUUAAAAGAGUUAUGCUCUAAGAAAAUGAAGUUUGGGAAUGAUGCGAGAAUUCGAGUGAGUGAGAAUGUUUCUGCUGUUCUGCAAAGAAAAUUGCCCCAAAAGUGUCGAGAUCCUGGUAUGUUCACUAUUCCAUGCAUUAUAGGUAAUAAGACUGUUGAGAGAGCCAUGCUAGAUUUAGGAGCAUCCAUAAAUGUCAUGCCUUAUUCUGUGUAUAAGGAUUUGCAAUUAGGACCUUUGAAAGACACUCGUGUUAUCAUUCAGUUAGCUGAUAGGUCUACUGCAUAUCCCGAAGGUGUUGUUGAGGAUGUCCUUGUCAAGGUCAAUGAUUUGAUUUUUCCUGUGGAUUUUUAUAUUGUUGAUAUGGAUGAUUCUGCUAAGCAAUCCUUGAUUCUUUUAGGGAGACCAUUCAUGAAAACUGCUAAGGCAAAAAUUGAUGUGGAUAGUGGAAUGCUUAGCCUUGAAUUUGAUGGAGAUGUUGUCACAUUUAAUAUUUUUGAGGCUAUGAAGCAUGUUGAGGAUCCUGAAUCUGUGUUCAUGAUUGAUGUUAUUGACCAUUUGGUUGAGGAAUUUGUUGAGAAUUUCAGGGAGGAUGAGCUUGAGCAUGUUAUUUUCAGUUCCCUAACUGAAGAGAACUCCAAAACUGAGGAGAAUGAAGCCAUUAGAGAGAUUAUCAUGCAGCUGUACUCAACGGAGGAAAUUCCAGUUCGGCACCUGUCGAGCAGGAUGCCCAUACCGACCAGCACAGAACCGAUUUUGCCCUCUGUUGUGAAGUCACCGAAGCUGGACUUGAAGGUACUGCCCCAGCAUCUGAAAUAUGUGUUUUUAGGAGAGGAUGACACGCUGCCAGUGAUCAUCAGCAAUGAACUCAGUGCAGAACAAGAAGUAAGGUUAGUAAGUCUUCUUAAGAUGCAUAAAUCUGCCAUUGGAUGGACUAUAGCCGAUAUCAAAGGUAUUAGUCCCUCUACUUGCAUGCAUAGAAUCUUACUUGAGCCUAAUAGUAAGCCGUCUAGGGAUCCUCAACGAAAAUUGAACCCUGUCAUGAAAGAAGUUGUGCUUAAAGAAAUUCUUAAAUUGCUUGAUCUAGGGAUUAUUUAUCCGAUUUCUGAUAGUACAUGGGUCAGUCCUGUUCAUGUGGUUCCUAAGAAGUCUGGUUUUCAAUUGGUUAAGAAUGAGAAGAAUGAGUUGAUUCCCAUGAGGUUGCAAACUGGUUGGCGUAUGUGCAUUGAUUUUAGGAAGUUGAAUAAUGCUACUAGGAAAGAUCAUUUUCCAUUACCUUUCAUUGAUGAGAUGCUUGAGCGAUUGGCUGGUAAGGAAUUCUUUUGUUUUCUUGAUGGCUACUCUGGAUAUUUUCAAAUUUUUGUAGCUCAGGAAGAUCAAGAGAAAACCACUUUUACUUGUCCUUUUGGCACUUUUGCAUGGCGUCGUAUGCCGUUUGGAUUAUGUAAUGCUCCUGGUACUUUUCAGCGUUGUAUGAUGAGUCUAUUUUCUGACAUGAUUGAGAGUUGCAUAGAAAUUUUCAUGGAUGAUUUUACUGUGCAUGGAGACUCUUUUGACCAUUGUUUGACUAAUCUUGAACAAGUUUUGCAGAGAUGUGUCGACACUAAUUUGGUGUUGAACUUUGAGAAAUGUCAUUUCAUGGUGAGAGAGGGGAUUGUUCUUGGGCAUGUGAUUUCUACAAGAGGAGUAGAAGUUGAUAAGGCGAAAAUUGAUUUGAUUGUUAAGUUACCUUAUCCUUCUAAUGUGAAAGAGAUUCGUGCUUUCUUAGGCCAUGCAGGUUUUUAUAGGCGCUUCAUAAAAGACUUCGCAAAGAUUGCUCAACCUCUCACUAGGUUGCUUCAUCAAGAUGUGUCUUUUGUGUUCGAUGACAAGUGCAAGGAGGCCUUUGAUUUGUUGAAGAGUAGACUCACUUCUGCCCCCAUCAUUCAGCCACCAAUUUGGGGAGAGCCUUUUGAAAUCAUGUGCGAUGCAAGUGACUUCGCCGUUGGAGCAGUGCUAGGGCAGAAAGUUGGGAAAGAGAGCCAUGUGAUUUACUAUGCUUCCAAAACUCUCAACCCGGCUCAAUGCAAUUACACAACCACGGAGAAGGAGCUUUUAGCCAUCGUUUUUGCUUGUGAAAAAUUUAGAUCUUAUUUGAUUGGCUCUAAAGUUGUUGUUUAUUCUGACCAUGCAGCUCUUAAGUAUUUGCUCUCUAAAAAAGAAUCUAAGCCUCGCUUGAUCCGUUGGAUUCUGCUUUUGCAGGAAUUUGACUUGGAGAUUAAAGAUAAAAAGGGAGCCGAGAACUUGGUAGCUGACCAUUUGAGCAGACUGCAGACUGUGUCGGACGGUAUGCCCAUACCAGACGACUUUCCAGACGAACAGCUGCUGCACAUCGACGGUAACACUCCUUGGUAUGCUGAUUUGGUUAAUUUUCUAACUGCUGGAGUUUUUCCUAAGGGAAUGGAGACAGCCCGUAAGAAUAAGUUGAGGAGCCAAGCAAAAUACUUCAUAUGGGAUGAUCCUUAUUUGUGGAAGACUUGUGCGGAUCAAGUGAUACGACGUUGCAUCCCUGAUGAGGAGAUUCAUUCCAUUUUGAAGUUUUGCCAUGCUCAUGCUUGUGGAGGUCACUUUGGUCCCAAAAGAACGGCACGUAAGAUUCUUGAUUGUGGUUUUUAUUGGGAAACUAUUUUUAAAGAUUCUUACAAUUUCUGCAAAAAUUGUGACAAGUGCCAAAGAACAGGUAAUAUCUCUUCUCGCAAUGAAAUGCCUCAAGUCCCUAUUUUGGUUUGUGAAAUCUUUGACGUUUGGGGGAUGGAUUUUAUGGGGCCGUUUCCUAGUUCUUUUGGAAAUUCUUACAUCCUUUUGGCUGUUGAUUAUGUUUCGAAGUGGGUGGAAGUGAAGGCCACCCGCACUAAUGACUCUAAAGUUGUUGCAGGGUUCCUUAAGGCUAAUAUUUUUAACAGAUUUGGAGUGCCACGUGCCAUCAUUAGCGAUCAAGGAACCCAUUUUUGCAACCGCACUUUGGAAGCACUUUUUAAGAAAUAUGGAGUCCACCAUCGAGUUGCCACGGCAUAUCAUCCCCAAUCCAACGGUCAGGCUGAAGUUUCUAACCGAGAAAUCAAGAGCAUCCUUGAGAAAACAGUCAACCCGAGACGAAAGGAUUGGAGUUUGAGACUGGACGAUGCGGUAUGGGCAUACCGCACUGCAUUCAAGUCACCGAUUGGUAUGUCUCCGUACAGGCUGAUUUUUGGGAAGCAAUGUCAUUUACCUGUUGAGAUGGAGCAUAAAGCUUUUUGGGCCGUGAAGGAAUUCUGUUUGGAUGAGAAAGCCGUUGGCAAAGAGCGGAAAUUUCAACUGCAAGAAUUGGAGGAGAUUCGAUUGGAGGCGUAUGACCAUGCAAGUCGCUACAAGGAACGAACCAAAUUUCUACAUGACAAAUACAUUCGAAGGAAAUCCUUUGAAGUUGGGCAGAAGGUUCUCUUGUUUAACGCACGCUUAAGGAUUAUGCCAGGAAAAUUGAAAUCUCGUUGGUUGGGCCCGUUUAAAGUUGUUAGUGUGAGUCCUCAUGGAGCUGUGGAAAUCCAAAGCCUCGAAACACAAAAGUGUUUUAAGGUUAAUGGACAAUUACUCAAGCCAUAUUAUGCUGGAGUCGAGAUGGAGUCGUUCAAUGCGCUUAGCCUGACAUCUCCAACCAUAGUCUAA